AUGAGCGAACAAGCAGCAGCCGAUCCUCCCAAGGAAGAAGAGAAAGCCGUAGCGGGUGGUGAAGAUGCUGCCCCUCCCAAGGAGGAGGAGAGCACCGCAACAUUUGAGCCAGUGGUCAAGCUAGAGGAAGUCGAAGUAAAGACUGGAGAAGAGGAUGAGGAGGUCCUCCACUCGGUUCGGUCAAAAUUGUUCAUUUAUGGCGAGACAAUGUUGAACGUUGGUACUGGAAAUAAAACGUGGAACGAGCGAGGAAUUGGAGAGGCGCGCAUUUUGCGUCACCGGGAACACCAGCGACUUCGUCUAUUGAUGCGUCAAGAAAAAACGAUGAAGGUGAUUGCCAAUCAUGCUCUAGAUCCUAGAAUCAAAUUGGAACCCAAUGUUGGUUCUGAUCGAUCGUGGGUGUGGAGUGCCUUUGAUUUUGCCGACGGUGAAUUGGCCGAAACGGUCUUUGCUCUCAGGUUUGGCGACUCUGAUAUUGCCAAUGAAUUCAAGGUCAAAUUCACGGAAGGUCAGAAAGAAAUGGAAAAAUUGUUGGCUGGUGAGGACAAGGGUACGGCUGAUGACGCAGCGCAAGCAGAUGAAGCAGCACAAGCUUUGAGUGCUCUCUCCACCAAAGACGGCGAGAGCUAG